GUGGGAGAGUGAGUAAUGAUGAGCAUUGGGAGGAGUGGAAACAGCAAUUUUAUCUCUCUGUCAGUACAAACCUCUUCUACGUCCAUCACCAUCUCCAUCUCACCCGUUCCUCAUCUCACCCCCUUCCCUCUGCAAACUGCAAUCGAUCCACCACAUCCCGGUUUCUUUCUCCACGCUGCUCUCGUUUAUCCAAGUCGCAUCCAAAUUUCGAAAUUAGACACUAAUUUGGUGGGACUUGUCGCCGGAAAGUGCGUCAAUGGAGGCCUCAGGAAACCAUCAGGAGGUGGAGGUGCCGCCUGUGGAGGGUGUUGCAGGAGGUGGUACAGCUUAUGGAUGGAGUGAAACCGACGUUGACGAUGCUCAUCUGCCCAGGGGUUUGAUUGAUCCCAUGAAAGUUCAUUCUUCAGCGUUAGUGCAUGCCUGGUGCAUGCCGAGCACGGCAAAUGUUGGGCCACAGGACAUUCCUCGUAAAUUGGAGCCUAUCUCUCUUUUAUCAGCAAGGAACGAAAGGGAAAGUGUUCAGAUAGCUAUACGUCCAAAAGUAAGUUGGGCUGCCGGAUCUGGUAUUGCUGGAAUGGUGCAGGUGCAAUGUACUGAUCUGUGUUCUACUUCUGGUGAUAGAUUAGUUAUCGGUGAUUCAGUGAAGGUGAGACGAGUUGUUCCAGUUUUGGGUGUUCCAGAUGCUCUUGUGCCCCUUGAACUGCCAGUUUCUCAGUUGACCCUUUAUCCUGGAGAAACAGUGGCAAUAUGGGUUUCGAUUGAUGUCCCAGAAUCACAAUCACCUGGUCAAUAUGUAGGAGAAUUCAUUAUUACAGCUACAAGAUCUGACACAAAAUCUUCAGCACACUGCCUGAGUAAAGGAGAGAGGUACCAACUUUGUCAAGAGUUAAAGAGCUGUCUCGAUAUCAUUGAACCAGUUGAUGGCAAACCACUUGAUGAAGUGGUUGAAAGAGUAAAAUCUGCUUCUUCAUCUUUGAGAAGGGUGCUGCUUUCCCCAUCAUUUUCAGAUUUAGAUAAUGGAUCUGUAGACAUGAUGGAUGAGGAUGUUGUCUCAGACCUUUCAAUCAAGGUGAAGCUAACUCUAACAGUUUGGGAUUUCACUCUUCCAGCCACACCUUCUCUUCCAGCUGUUAUUGGUAUAUCUGAUACAGUUAUUGAGGACCGAUUUGGUGUUGAACAUGGAAGUAGCAAGUGGUAUGAAACACUGGAUCAGCAUUUUAAGUGGCUGCUGCAGUAUAAGAUCAGCCCAUAUUUUUGCAGGUGGCGGGAAGGUAUGCAAGUACUGGCAUACACCUGUCCAUGGCCAGCUGAUCAUCCAAAAUCGGAUGAGUAUUUUUCUGAUCCCAAGCUGGCAGCAUAUGCUGUGCCAUAUAGUCCAGUCGUCUCCUGUAGUGGUGAUUCAUCUAAGGACUUUCUGCAAAGCGAAGUUGAGAUAUUAAGAACAAAGAAUCAUUGGAGAAAAGCUUAUUUCUAUUUGUGGGAUGAGCCACUGAACAUUGAACAAUAUGAAGCUCUUCGCAACAUGGCAAGUGAGAUUCAUGCUUAUGCGCCUGAUGCUCGUAUAAUGACAACUUAUUACUGUGGACCUAGUGAUGCACCCUUGGCUUCUAACAAUUUUGAGGCUUUUCUUAAAGUUCCGGAGUUUCUUCGACCUCAAACCCAAAUCUUUUGUACAAGCGAAUGGGUGAUUGGCAACCGAGAAGAUCUGGCGAAGGAUAUAAUUGCAGAGAUACAGCCUGAAAAUGGUGAGGAGUGGUGGACAUAUGUCUGCAUGGGACCAUCCGAUCCUCAUCCUAACUGGCACUUGGGGAUGCGAGGCACACAACACCGCGCAGUUAUGUGGCGGGUAUGGAAAGAAGGCGGAACUGGCUUUCUCUAUUGGGGUGCCAAUUGCUACGAGAAGGCGACUGUUCCCAGCGCUGAGAUUAGGUUUAGGCGUGGCCUCCCUCCCGGCGAUGGAGUCUUGUAUUACCCUGGUCAAGUGUUUUCAUCUUCGGAGGAACCUGUUGCCUCCCUACGACUAGAACGACUUUUAAGUGGUUUACAGGAUGUCGAGUAUCUCAAACUAUACUCUUCAAGAUUUGGUAGAGAAGAAGGGCUUCUUCUUCUCGAAAAAACAGGAAUGUAUCUUGGCCCCGAGAGGUACACUCACGACCAUGUCCCGAUUGAUGUUAUGCGUGGUGAAGUUUUCCGGACAUGCCAUUCUGAAAGUAGCAAGCAACUGAUUUGUUGAAGGUUCGUUAGUUCCCACCCGCUACUUGUCUUAAAAAUCCGUAUAAUAUAUUAUGUAUUUCGACGCAUGUUUAUUAUUAUGAUUCACUCUUUAAUCUUCCAUCUAUACUACUACUACUACCUUCGAUUAUCGGGUUUGCAUUGGUUACCAAUUCGCUUAAUUUCGCGUCAAUCUUGAGUAAUGUGCGAGCCGGCUAGUUUCGGGGUGCAUAAUAAUUGUUGCCCUUGC